AUGAAGGAUCGACUGGAUGAAUUAUCAGUGAACAGAAAGCCAAGUCGGACGAGGAACGUUACGGUCACAGUCGACCAAGAUGGAUUUAUGGAAUUAUUUUUUAGGAGGGUGGAGGAGGUUAGAGGACUCAUUGAUGAUAUCUCCAUUCAAGUGGAAGAGGUGAGAAAACAGCACAGCAUGAUCCUGUCUGCACCCAACCCCGAUGACAGGACAAAAGAGGAACUUGACCAGCUGACCAAUGAGAUAAAAAAGAAUGCCAACUUUGUGCAAGCAAAAUUAAAAUCCAUGGAGCAGAGCCUUCCCAAGGACAACAACAUCAACAGAAGCUCAGUGGAUUUCCGCAUCCAGAAGACCCAGCACACUGUUUUGUCCCGGAAGUUUGUCGAGGUCAUGACCCAGUACAACGAGACACAAGUGUCCUUUCGGGAAAGGACCAAAACAAGAAUCCGGAGACAGCUGGAGAUAACUGGAAAAGUGACAAGCAAUGAGGAGCUGGAGGACAUGCUGGAGAGUGGCAAGCCAUGGGAAUCAAUAUUCACAUCAGAUAUCAUCUCAGACUCUCAGAUCACCCGUCAGGCCUUGACCGAGAUUGAGUCACGACAUCAGGACAUCAAGCGUCUGGAGCGCAGCAUCAGGGAGCUCCACACCAUGUUUACAGACAUGGGCAUGUUGGUGGAGACGCAGGGGGAUAUGGUCAACAACAUUGAGAAGAAUGUACGCAAUGCGAAAGAAUACAUCCACAAAGCUAAAGAAGAGACAAAAAAAGCAAUAAGAUAUCAGAAGAAAUCCCACAGGAAAUACGCGCUGAUGGCCUUGGCUCUGUUGGGCCUGCUUGCUGUCAUUGCACUAAUUGUUGGCCUGUCUGUUGGGACUAACCAAAACACCUGUGUAGGUCUCACGUUGCCUCUCUUCCACAGAAACAUCUCUACCUUACCAUAUGUGUAGUAGUGUGCAUUCUGCUACUCAUCAUUAUCGUAGGAAUCUUUGAGUGACAGAGUGACCUCAGCGUUAGUCAUCAGAGGACAAAUACAGCUCUGUCAAGCCUCCUCCAGCCUCCAGACAAUUCACAACGACAGUGAUACAUCUGGCAAGGAGCAUUUGUUUGAUUCAUCUGCAUCGACUAAGAUUACCUUAUACUAUGGGCUGCAUUGUACUGACUCAGACAGUGAUUUGGGGUGUGACCUCAAAUCAAAGCAGACACACAACCCAGAAAUGGUCUCGUUUCAUAUGACGUAUGUCAUGACGUAUGUCAUAUGAAGUCCUAGGAAAAUCCCUUAGAGAUACUAAGGUAAAAUUGUAUAUGCCAAAGACAAUGGCUAUUUGUAUUUAUGUUGUAUGUCAUUUAAAGCCAUUAUAGCAGGUUAAGAUAACACAUUUUGGAAAGUUUCAAUCCCUGUUUUAUAUACAAAAAUGUUUACAAUCGUUUUUCUUUCUAAUUAUCACGACUGAUGUUGGUGUAAAUAGACUAUUUUAAAUUGCUUUUUGUUAAAUUCGUAGGUAGUUUUGAUGCUAAUAGACUAAUUUUAAUUAGGCAGGGGUGUUGGGGAUAAAAUGUUGUUUGUAAUAUGCAUUUCUGUGAACUACUGUAAUGUCCUGGUUCAUGUUUAUGUUGAUUGUGUGACUGUGCAUGCAUGAAUUUGGACUUUCUAUUACUUCUAACUUGACUUACCUCCUGUCUACACAACAUUGUUAUUUUGUACAGUUAUAUUACACUUGGUCUUUCAUGUUAUGACACUGUGACUGAUUGGGGACUUCCACUGAUUAACAAUAAAGACAAUUUG